CUCCCAGUCGUGGACCUCAGAACCUGUCCAAGUGCAAGCAGUGGAGAGUAGUAGCGAGCCGAGAGUCGUCCAGACCAGGUGUCUCCCGCCGCCCCACGCAUGGCACAGACUUCCCACCAGAUGUGGCAAAGGUCCGCGGCAGUGUUGGUGGUGAUGGUGGUGAUGGCAAGCGCGGAGUCAGCGGUUCAUGACGGGACCACGGGGGGCACGGUGUUCCCUCCGGGCCCGACAGGCAAGAGGCAAGGCAUGAGGCAGGUGGCCGGCGUGGAUAGCAGCGUUCUUAGUCUGGAUGAGCGUCCCUGGGCCUUUGUUCUUGGUGUCAGAGAUAGCGGUGCGCAGUCCCCUCAACGGAAUAUGAUAACGGUCCCUUCAAACUCCAUCAUUGUGAGGAAUAUAAGGAUCUUGUAUGAUUUAUGCAAUAAGGAAGGGGUAUUUUCGAUGUUCCACGACUGUAACUACUUCUACUACUGCUUCGCAAAUGUGGCAGGAUGCGAGCCCAAGUUCCAGCAGAUCCUAGGAGUGUGUAAGGAAGGCUUCUCUUUCGACGAGACCAUAAAAGACUGCGUUCCCAAAUCUUGUAACCCUGAAGUACAGAAUAACCCCAACUAUGAUCAUCCCUCCCCUGCAUUACAUGAUGCUAUCCUGCCCCCGGCACCAGCCUCUCACCAGGGCCAUCAGAAUUCUUAAUCCCUCUCUUAAGGAGGUCAAACUGAUACCAAGUGAAAAUUACAUUGCUACAAGAGAAAUUCCUAUCCUCACCAGCAAGAAUUUAGCGACCUAACAUCUCUCGUCAUUGAAUACAGGACGUUUUUUUCAGUAAAUUUUGUGGUGACACAAGGAUAGUGCAGCGUUCUAUAUUCCUUGUUAUCUUUUAGAAUUUGUGAAGAACGAAAAUAAAAGAGAAACAUUACUUUCCAUAUGAAGUCUUGCCGUGUGGUUCAGUGUGCCGUACUGCGCAUACUAGCCAGUAGGUACAGCAUUACCUAUAUGCAUAAACUAGAAGCCUGAUUCAUCGCCGGCGGAUGGAUUGGUGAAUUAACUGAUUAUUGUGUGACUGAUUUACUGUUACGCCACAGUUAAUAAAUAAAUUGAUCUAUCCUUCCUUUCCUAUAUGCCUUACUUGGGCUACAGAAAAGUACCGAGUUGCCUUCACACGACUAUAAUUAUUUUCUUUGAUCACCUGGCCACUUAGCGAAUAAAACUAUGGGACCCAAGCUUCCAAGUAUGCUUGAUAAGCCAGCCUCUCCUUCGAGGUAGCUUACAGAAGUAGAUGUGGUAAUCCACGUCGGCUUUCUUGAAUUAAACGUGUUUCAAUGAACAAUGUUUUUUAUGUUAUUUAAGAAUAAGGCACAAACUGAUAUCCAAACAAUGCAUUUUUUGGUAAUUCAGUACUUUAAUUCGGGAUUCAUUUCUUAAACCCAAAAAUCUGGAAGAAAAUGAUGCAAGAUACUAUCAUAGUUUGAAUAAUGACAUUUUACAACACACAUUUCCCUCUAAUUUCUGCUUCACCACAUCUAAAGCACCAUAAGGAGACCUUGCAGAGAAUAUCUUAAACAGAGAGAGAGAGAAAGAGAGAGAGAGAGAGAGAGAGAGAGAGAGAGAGAGAGAGAGAGAGAGAGAGAGAGAGAGAGAGAGAGAGAGAGAGAGAGAGAGAGAGAGAGUUU